AUGCUGGAUCACAUGUCUCGGCGUUCCCGCUCGGUCCUCUCUCUGUCUCUGACAUCCCUGGCCCUGGCUCUGUCUGUUCUGGCCUUCUCCACCUCCUACUGGUGCGAGGGCACGCACAAGGUGGUCAAGCCUCUCUGCCUCUCCCCUGUUAAGAUGAAGAACUGUGGCUCCAACAACAGCGAGCCCUUCACCACCGAGAAACCCACUGGCGAUCCCAGGAAUGAGUCCUCAGUGCCGGUAUCCACGGUUUCACCCAAGAGAAGGGAGGAGCUGUUGAAGAUUCGACAGAGGCAAUUAGCCAAUGCAGUGCACUAUAUCUGGGAGACAGGAGAGGACAAGUAUGCAUUUCUGUACUUUCACACGGGAUUCUGGGAGUCCUGCGAGAAGCACACCCAUGGUGAACAGUGUCGGAGCUUUAUUGAGCUGACUCCUGGAGAAACUCAAGGAGUGCUCUGGCUGUCUGUAGUGUCAGAGAUUGCGUAUAUCAGCCUGCUGGCAAUGGGAUUCCUUCUGAUGUGGCUGGAGGUGCUGUGUUUCCGCAAGGAGAUGCGCGCGCUGAAGAUCAAUGCCUUCGCUGCCAUCUGCACCGCUCUGUCCGGACUCGUAGGAAUGGUGGCUCACAUGAUGUACACCACCGUGUUCCAGGUGACCGUGAGUGUUGGACCAAAGGACUGGAGACCCCAGACCUGGGAUUAUGGGUGGUCAUUCAUUUUGGCCUGGAUCUCCUUCAGCUGCUGUAUGGCAGCGGCUGUCUUCACACUGAACUCCUACACCAAAACCCUCAUCGAGCUGAGGCACCGGCAGAGGCUGCGAUUGGAAGAGGCCCGGGCCAGCCACGCCCCCUCCUACAAUGAGGUGGUGCCGGGGGGUGGAGUGUACUCCAUCAACGGGGCGUUACCUUGCCCGAACGCUGCGUGGGUGAGGGAUGGGGUCAGGGUGGGGGUGGGGGUGGGGUUGGGAGACGCUGCUAUGGUGAUGAUGGAGGGGAGCGGGCCUUAUCGCUGCGAGGACUGUGAGAGAGAAGACGAGUACGAGGACUGCGAGGGAGAGGAGGGGUGCGAAGACUGCGAGCGAGAAAUGGAGGAGAUGGAGGAGGCUGCGGAGAGAGAGAAGGGCCACUCUCCGUGCUGAGAGCCGCCACGAG